ACAAAGCGGUGAAUGUUAGCUAGCCUCUGCUAGGAGCUGCGCAGCGUAGCUCCAGCCCUGUUAACCCCGGCGGUACGUUUACCCAGACAACACGAACCCUCACAAUGUCAGGCCGGCAUUUGUGCAACUUUAAAAAAACAACAACAAAAAGCAAGGCUAGCUUAGUUUGCUUUAGCGCUGAAGCUGAACUCUCGGUACAGUUUAAAGGCAUUCAUGUGUGGUCAGCUAAAGCUAGCAGGUCCGGCUAAAGAAACCACAGCCAUGUGCAGCUGUGUGCGCAGCUCCAGGGCCAUGGCCCCUGCGCUGCUCCCCAGGCUGCUGCUGCCUCAGGUGGGGUCCAGGCUGGCUGGCAGGGGGCUCUGGACCUCCCCCCAGUGUCUGGCUGUCGGCGGGGACCCCCAGCUCCCUCCUCUGCCGGGCCAGGCCCGGGUGGUGAUCUGCGGAGGCGGGAUAGUAGGGACGUCGGUGGCCUACCACCUGGCCAAGCUGGGCUGGACAGACGUGGUUCUGCUGGAGCAGGGCAGGCUCGGCGCGGGAACAACCAGGCUGUGCGCUGGCAUCCUGAGCAUGGCUAAGCCCAUCUCCAUCGAGUCUCAGAUGGCCAGCUACUCCAGUAGUCUCUACCAGCAGCUAGAGGAGGAGACCGGCAUUAAAACGGGUUAUGUAAAGACGGGGUCUCUGUGUCUGGCACAAAAUCAGGAUCGCUUCAUUUCCCUGAAGCGUUUAGCGACAAGACUGAAAGUGCUGGGGAUCAGCUGCAACAUCAUUAAACCUAAAGAGAUAGCCAAGCUCCACCCUCUAGUCAACAUUCAUGACCUGGUGGGGGCGCUCCAUCUCCCCGAGGACGCUGUGGUGUCCUCACCGGAUGUUAACCACGCGCUGGCCGUGGCUGCCGCACGGCAAGGGGUUCAGAUUCUGGAGCAGACCGCCAUCCAGCAGGUGGUGGUGGAGAAGGGCCACGUGACGGCUGUGGAGACGGACCGCGGCUCCAUUGAGUGUGAUUAUUUUGUCAACUGCGCCGGUCAGUGGGCUUACGAGCUGGGUCAGGCUAGCGAGGUGAAGGUGUCGGUCCCCCUCCACGGCUGUGAGCACUUCUACCUCCUCACCAAACCCCUUCAGGAGCCGCUGUUGCCCAACACUCCAGUUAUAAUUGAUAUGGAUGGGAGGAUGUACGCGAGGCCGUGGCAAGGAGGUCUUUUGUCUGGAGGCCUGGAGAAGAACCCCAAACCCAUCUUCACCGAGGGCCGCAACCAGCUGGAGGUCCAGAACAUGCAGGAGGAUUGGGAUCACUUUGAGCCGAUGCUCAGCGCCCUGCUGAGAAGGAUGCCAAACCUGGAGGCAGCUGAGAUCCACCAGCUGGUCAACUGUCCGGAGUCCUUUACCCCCGACAUGCGCUGCCUGAUGGGAGAGACGCCGGGCGUGUCUGGCUACUACGUGCUGGCAGGGAUGAACUCCUCGGGUCUGGCCUUCGCCGGAGGAGCUGGGAAGUACCUGGCUGAGUGGAUGACCUACGGCUACCCCACUGCCAACGUCUGGGCUCUGGACAUCAAGCGCUUCGGCAACCUGCAGAGCAGCCGGACCUUCCUGCGGCACCGAGUGAUGGAAGUCAUGCCCCUGCUGUAUGAGCUGAAGGUGCCUCGGUGGGACUUUCAGACCGGCCGGCAGCUGAGGACCAGUCCCCUCUACGACCGUCUGGACACCCAAGGGGCUCGCUGGAUGGAGAAACACGGCUUCGAAAGGCCAAAAUACUUUGUUCCUCCGGGGAAAGAUCUGCUGUCUCUGGAUCAGAGUAAGACCUUCUACAAGCCAGACUGGUUCGAUAUUGUCGGAGCUGAAGUGAAGUGCUGCAAAGAGGCCGUGUGCGUCAUCGACAUGUCCUCCUUCACCAAGUUUGAGCUGACCUCCACAGGGGACCAGGCUCUGGAGCUGCUGCAGUAUCUGUGUGCCAACGACCUGGACGUUCCCGUCGGACACAUCGUCCACACCGGCAUGCUGAACGAGAGGGGAGGCUACGAGAACGACUGCAGCGUGGUCCGCAUCAGCAAGAACAGUUUCUUCAUCAUCUCUCCGACAGACCAGCAGGUCCACUGUUGGUCUUGGAUAAAGAAGCACAUGCCCAGUGACCCACACCUUCACCUAGAGGAUGUGAGCUGGAAGUACACAGCUUUGAACCUGAUUGGUCCACGAGCAAUGGAUGUUCUGGCGGAGCUGUCCUACGUCUCCAUGACCCCUGAGCACUUCCCCUCCAUGUUCUGUAAGGAGAUGAGUGUAGGCUACGCCAACGGGAUCCGAGUGAUGAGCAUGACUCAUACCGGAGAACCAGGUUUCAUGCUCUACAUCCCUAUAGAGUAUGCGCUGCACGUGUACAACGAGGUGAUGUCGGUGGGGCAGAAGUACGGCAUCCGUAACGCGGGCUACUACGCGCUGAGGAGCCUGCGCAUCGAGAAGUUCUUCGCCUUCUGGGGUCAGGACCUGGACACGUUCACCACGCCGCUGGAGUGCGGACGAGAGUUCAGGGUGAAGUUCGACAAGGACACCAACUUCCUCGGCCGCGAGGCGCUGCUGCAGCAGCGUCAGGAGGGGGUGUUCCGCCGGUUCGUCAUGCUGGUCCUGGAAGACCACGACACAGAGCUGGACCUGUGGCCCUGGUGGGGCGAGCCCGUCUACCGCAGCGGUCAGCUGGCCGGAACCACCACCAGCAGCGCCUACAGCUACACGCUGGAGCGCCACGUCUGCCUGGGCUUCGUGUCCCCGCCGCCGGGCCCCGAGGGCCUCCCCACGCCCAUCACCCCUGACUUCAUCAACCGCGGCGACUACGAGGUAGACAUCGCCGGACAGCGCUACCCGGCCAAGGCCAAACUGUACCCCUUCAGUUCCCUCUUCACGCAACAGAAACGACGCAAGGAAGACAUGGAGCUCAGCAACUUCCAGGGGAAGUGAGGCGGCGAUGGAGCCGGGCCCCUGUCUGACACUCCAUCAACUCAGCCCAUCCACUCCUGAUCCAGCCCGGUGCCGAACCUCUGAUCCGUCACGACGCCAGGGCUGGAUGUACAAGCACUUCCCGUUAAUAACCUAAUGUUCAAUUUCUCCACUCGCAUCCUCUGCUUUUGAAGUGCAAUAUCUAAAAGGCACCUGUUGCUUGAAUUCUCAUCUCAUUAAAAUCCAGGUUUUCCUCCUGCCGGCUCACCCCCAGCCUCAGUCCCCACUGCUGUGCUGGUGCAGUCUGCAGGUUUGUGCCUUUCUCAAGGCUAGAUCUACACUAGCUGCUGCAGACUUUGUCGACUCUGACCCGCCCUGAAUGAUUUGAGGCUGGCAGCCUUCUCUACGUUCAGUUCAGGCCUCCCUGCGCCACAUUCUGAACGGCUCUGAAGGAAACCGCGACGCUAACCAGCCGUCAAUCUGCUGCUGACGAGAAGUCUCGGUUCAGAUACUUUACCCUCUCCACUGCUCUCAGCCUUCUAACACUUUAAUAUCAGAAAGAUGGCCUGGGAUAAUUGCUGGUAAAGCAGAGUUGUUGGUCUCAACCCUUCUUCUCAUCCUGUUGAAAUCUAAUCCUGAAACUCCCCAAGCAAAUCAGAACGCCUUCUUCCUCUCUCCGUGCUGUCAUCUGCUGAGAGCCGCUGUCGUUUUCUUGUGUGCUGCACUCGUGGAAGAUAUUUAUGUUUGCUUUUUGUUUGGUUCUCUUCAAACGCUGAUGCACUUUGAGGUUUUAAUUUAGUUUUAUUGAUGUUAAUUGAAUGUGGCUGAUAGGAAAGCACACUAAGCUCUAGUCGAGCUGUUUUUAGUCCUCCACAUCCAAUUGUUUUGAGAUGUUUGUGUAAAGGAAAGAUUUCAUUGCUACUUCAAAUAAAAAAUGUAUUUUUGUAUAGCUAGUGUGUAUAAAAUCAUUUUUAGAGCCGUGUUCUUUUGUAUCUGUUGAGUCUGUCGUGGUGUAUAAAGAAUUUCCCGAUCA